CAACUCUAUGAUCAACAUUUUGAUUCCUUUUUGGAAUCCAUCUUCCUUCCUUUCUUUAACAGACAAUCACUUUGUUUCUUCCAAGUUCAUCCAAUGUCGAACAGCCGGAAUAUCUCUCCUCCUCAAUCGCUUCCGGGUUUAAACCCUAACAAACUGCGGCGGUUGCCCCAUCUUUUCAGCCGGGUUUUGGAGCUUCCCUUUUUUAAGUCCGACGCCGAUAUUUCCAUUUCCGAAACCUCUGAUCGCUUCCGAUUCGUAGCGGAAACUGAUGGACUCCGCCGCGAGUUUAGGGCGCACACGGUUCAUAUCCAUCCCGGAGUCCUCAAGGUUGUGAUUACACAAAUUGGGGCUCUGGAGUUGAAGUUAGAUGAACUGGAAAUCGACACGUGGAGAUUUCGACUGCCGGAGACGGCUCUGCCGGAGCUUGUAACCGCCGCGUUCGCCGGCGGAAAACUGAUCGUGACGGUUCCGAAGACGGAAGACGCCGGAAAAGGUGCGUGGGGGAUAAGAAAGGGGAUUGUUUAGUCGAUUUUUCAUAUAUUGAAAGGAAUUUAAUGAAAUUUCUCAUUGGUUGAAUCGUUCGGCACACUUUGUUAUAGAGAGGUUUUCGGGUUUUCACACUC